CUACAACCCACGGUACAAGUGCUGUUGACAACCUAGAAUCUCACCCAAUCCAAUACCACGAUGUCAGCAGCAGAUGAUCCCUUUACCUGUCGGCUUUCCUUCACAAGGCUUCUUUCCCGACUAAACGCCUCUGCUGGAGCUUCAAAGCAAUGUGCUCAAUUCGCCCUCCGAAACCGCGAACUGGAUGAGGACCUGUUCAGCGUGAUACUGGAGCAGCUCCAAUCGGAAGAGAUCACAAUGAAUACACGCGUCAACAUGCUCUACUUUAUAGAGGUCCUAUGCGAACACUCUGUGAAAGCUGACUAUAGCGGCUACACCAAUAUGAUUCAACGGGAUAUUCUGCAAGUAGUCGAUGCUGUUGUUCCGAGCGAUCCUGAGGGAGCGGCAAAUGUUGGUACAGUUAGGAAAGUUAUGCAGAACCUACGGAGCAAGGGGUUUGUGAAUGAAAGGUCUAUGGAGGAAGUUACUGCUCUCUUAAAAGAGAAGGAGAGGGAGCACAGAGAAUCCAUUGCCUCCCCAGAAGAGAGUGUCUACGAUGACGACGACGAGGAGCCCGGUAACGAAGGUAGAAAUCCCAAACGCAAGUUUGACGAUUCGAUUAUACAACAGCGGAUGGAAGAAGAUAGAGAACGGCAUAAACGGCUCAGGGAAAACAUCUGGGCCAUUCCGUUUCCGGGAGAUGGCCUUCCGAAUCCCGAAUUUGAAAAGUCGUGGGAUCAAGUUAGCGACCUUAACGAGGAUGACUAUGAGAUUAUGAGAGAAGAGAAUCAGAUACUGGCAGCAUCAAUUGUAUGA